CCCCGCCCGGCGGACCCGCGGUUUAAUCACAUCCUUUUGAGGCGCAGCCCUGCAUUUCGCACCGCAUCCCCCCGGCCCAGCGCCCGUGGCCAUUCCUGAGGUUGCCUUCAGCCUCCCUCUAGUGGAUUGGCCUAAAAUGGUCCCUCCACGGGCGAUCCCGGAGCUUUAGAGCGGCUCCAAACUACAAAUACCAGCAGCUCCAGCACCGCUGAGAGGGCCCAGGACCCACCUCUCCUAGAAUAAACCUCUCCGCUUUAUUCCUGCAAGCAUUUCUAAAGAUUUUUGCUUUUCGCGUAUAGCCAUAAAAGCCCACGGCGAGGAAAGCGUUUUGAAACAUUCUGCUUGGAUUCGCUAUUUUUUUUAGCCGCUCUUUUAUUUUUCCCGUGGUGGGUGGGCCCUUCCUGCCUCAGAGUGACGGUGACAGAAGGACCCAGACCUUUAAUCCUGUUUCGCAGCAGGUUUAACAGGAGAGCGGCUGCAGCAGCCCGGGAAUGACCAUGGAGAAAAUCCUGAAGGCAGAGCUGAACACCAACAUUCUGAAGGCCGUGGGCAGCUCGGGGGGAGGAUGUAUCAGCCAGGGCCAAACCUAUGAGACAGACAGCGGGCGGGUGUUCGUGAAAAUCAACCACAAACCUCAGGCUAGAACAAUGUUUGAAGGGGAAAUGGCAAGUUUGGAAGCAAUCCAGAAAACCAAGACUGUGAGAGUUCCUCAGCCCAUUAAAGUGAUUGACCUGCCUGGAGGAGGAGCAAUGUUUGCCAUGGAGUACCUGAAGAUGAAGCACCUCAGCAAAUAUUCCUCAAAGCUGGGAGAGCAGAUAGCAGAGCUUCAUCUUUAUAACCAGAAACUUGGAGAGAAGCUGAGGAGUGAGGGAAGCACAAUUGGAAAAGGAGCCGGUCGCUCUGAGUCCCAGUAUGUGGACAAGUUUGGGUUCCACACAGCCACCUGCUGUGGUUACAUACCACAGGUGAACGAGUGGCAGAGUGACUGGCCAUCCUUCUUCAUCCGUCACCGACUCCAGGCUCAGCUGGAUAUGAUUGAAAGGGACUAUGGAGACAGAGAAGCCAGGGAACUUUGGUCACAGCUGAAACCAAAGAUUCCCGAAAUGUUCUGUGAUGUGGAAAUCGUUCCCUCUCUCCUGCACGGGGACCUGUGGGCCGGGAAUGUGGCUGAGGACGAGUCCGGGCCCAUUAUCUUUGACCCCGCCUCCUUCUACGGCCACUCGGAGUUCGAGCUGGCCAUUGCCGGCAUGUUUGGGGGCUUCAGCAGCUCUUUUUUCUCUGCCUAUCACAGCAAAAUCCCCAAAGCUCCAGGAUUUGACAAACGAAACAAGCUGUAUCAGCUCUUUAAUUACAUCAACCACUGGAACCAUUUCGGGACGGGGUACAGGGGCUCUACCCUAAACAUGAUGAGAAAACUCCUGAAGUAACCAGAAACCAGGUGUUUGGUGUACCUGUGUCUGGUGACUGUGGUUCGUUUCAACGAAUUUGAGCCUGAAGAUGAGGUAUUUGGGUGUGGAUGGAGCUGCUGGAUACCAGGAAAGGGCAGCUGCCUUCCCGACAUCCUGGCCAGGCUGAAGUGCCUCCCUGCAUUCCCUGUACAGUCAGUGGAGCUGUAGUUGCAGCUUUCAGGGUUCAAAUGUUGUUUCCAGAAUUUUGGGAGGUUUAGGUUGUUAACCAGGUUAAUGUUGUAUGCAGUGUCUUGGUGUGGGUUGGGUGAGGAAUGGAGGCCAUGGAUAAAUAACAGCACCAUCCAGAUGCCUCACCUGCUCCUUGUGCAACCCAUGUCCCCAUCCCAGAUCCUUCCCCCUGCGGUCCCCAUCCCUGUUCCCUUCCCCAGGGGUCCCUAUCCUUGUCCUCACCCCUGGGUCCCCUUCCCUGAGUGUCCCCAUGCCUGGGAGCCCAUUCCCACAUGCCCAUCCUUGCUGCCAUCCCCAGGACCCCAUAGUUGGGU